AUGGAAUCUGGAAUAUUGAUUAUGAAUAUAAUAAUUAUGAUAUUAGUAACUGAUAAAGUUAAUGGUGCUUGGAAUUAUCGAAGAUUUGGUCCCGAUGUUUGGAGUAAAACUUAUCCACAAUGUGCUGGUAAUAGUCAAUCACCAAUUAAUAUUAAAACAGCAUUUACCAUUCAGAAAAAUUUUAAUCCAUUUAAUUUCACAUCGAACUACAAUGAAGAAUUUAAUUUUACUCUAAGUAAUGAUGGACAUACAAUGGUAGUUACUUACAAUGGUCCUAAAUUAUUACUUAAUGGAGCAGAUUUAAAUGGAAAUUAUCAAUUUGUUAACUUUCAUCUUCACUGGGGACCAAAUGAAAAUGUUGGAAGUGAACAUCAAGUAAAUGGUAUCAAGUAUACAGGUGAAAGUCAUUUUGUUUAUGAAGACUUUGAAACACAUCAAAUAGCUGUAUUAGCUUUUUUGAUGAAAAGUCAACCUUAUUUAAUUAAUAAAAAAUAUAAAAAAAUUUAUGAUGAUGAAUAUUUAACGACAAAUCAAUGGUACAAAUAUUUUGAUGCAUCACAAAAUUUAGUGCAAGAAAAUGAUUCUGUAACAAUUGAAUUAAAUUUACCAUUACUCAUGGGAAAUAAUUUGAUUGAUUUUUGGAGAUAUAACGGGUCAUUAACUGUCCCACCUUGCACUGAGAAUGUGAUUUUGGACUGUAUUUAA